CGUGAGCGCGCGUCCUUCUGAUUCACGAUUGAAGAUCAAGAAGUUUCAGAACACAAAGCAAGCAGAAGGACGUGUUUAAAGACAGACCUAACAAAGUGAAAGUACACAGGACAGAUGGAGGUGUGUGCAGAAGCGAAGCGGGUCAUGGUGCAGGCUCUGAGUAAAAUAUACAGCUACCGAAACCAGCGCGGAGGAAUUCCGCUCCACCGGAGUCUCCUGCUGACACUGGUGAUGAGAUCCGCCAGGGACACGUAUCACUCUGUACGGGUACAGAACCUCGGGCCGGACACCACCGGACAGAGUGACAGCUCUGUACACACCACCGGACAGAGUGACAGCUCUGUACACACCACCGGACAGAGUGACAGCUCUGUACAUCACACACAGAGAAAGGAGCUCAUGGACACCGAGGUGUCUGACCCUACGCUUACACUCCAGGGCGGUGAGAGGACAUUAACGCAGGACAACACCGCAGAUAAAGAGAACUGUAACAGCACCCGUCAUCAUCCACAGUCACGGAAACGGAAAGGGAAAAGCGCCACAGAACCUGACUUCCUGCCGUACAAAAAGGCGAGAUUGGAUAUAACGGGGAUCCGACGAGUUCUUCAUGACUCUACCACAAGGAGUAACACCGGGAACUGCGCUCGGGAGACGGGCCAUCUGACAGAUACACACAUCCCCAGGACUAUAGUGACAUUCUGAGCAGUCUGUGUGUGUGUGUGUGUGUGUGUGUGUGUGUGUGUGUGUGUGUGUGUGUGUGUGUAGCCGGAGCGCACAGUUCCCGAUCUCACCGAGUAAAAAGCGCGCACAGCCGCGAACAUCUGUGGUGUGGUCAGAGGUGGAUGGAUGACGUCACGAAGUGACAGAUGAUUCAUCACGCACACGGCUGUGUUAGAAACGGUGACAGAGAUGAUGAGUCAGGGCUCUUCAUCAUCUCAUUAUCACCAACAUAAACCAAAGUUUCCUGGAUACAAGCCCGUGUGUGUGUGUGUAUCUGUGUGUGUGUGUGUGUGUGUAUGUGUGUGUGUGUGUAUCUGUGUGUGUGUGUAUGUGAAUCUUGUACAUUGUGAAGCUGGAUUAUUUAUUAUAUAUAAAUGACUUUGUUAUGUUUUACCACUCUGUUCAUCACGGUUGUAUAAUCUUCAAUCUCUAAAUAGAAAUAGAAGGACAAACGUGUUAAGCUGCUAACUGUGACCAGUCCACGUGGUCUCUACCUCACUUUUGUAUAAUAAAAUGUUUUUAUAUAAUGUU